AGGUGCACAGGCACAGGGCACAGGACGAAGGAGCCCCUGAAAUGGAACUGACAAAAAAAAUUGUCAAAUAUAAUAUUUUCAAAUUUUAAAUUUCGCUGCCGUGCUCUGCUGUGCGGUUCAGAUGUCGGUGAACCGAGUGCAUCGAGUGGGCCCAGGCAGCCCAUUGCGUGGUUUAGCGAUUGGUCAUUGUGUCGCUCAGUCCCUGGACGCCCUCGACGCCCUCUGCUCACCAACAUCUGAAUAACUGAAUCGCAGAACUGAUCGACGCGUCACGUGCACGACAGGAGCAAAUGUUUAUGUCGUGGUUUAUCCCGCUUUUUACUGAACGACCACAGCUGAAAAUAUUGUUGACGCUGUUUGUUAACUAGUCUGACUUCGACUUGUGAUUCGAUAACGAACAAAAUACUUUGUUUUCGCUUUUAUGUGUUAUUAUCUGGAUUAUCUGGAUCCAUUUCAAUCGGGCUUCAGGCCUGGACAUGGGACUGAAACAGCCUUGGUCGCCUUGGUAGAUGAUAUGAGGAGGGCGUUGGAUAGGGGCGAAUGCACCUUCCUUGUCCUCCUUGAUCUCUCAGCGGCUUUCGAUACCGUUGACCACGUUAUCCUCCUGGACCGCCUGAAGAGGUUCGGCAUGGGGGGCACUGUAUUGCAGUGGUUCCAUUCCUUCCUCUCUGGUAGGUACCAAAGAGUGGCAUUGGAGGAUGAGGUUUUGGAUCCUUGGCCUCUCACUUGUGGGGUGCCACAGGGUUCCAUCCUCUCCCAGAUGCUGUUCAACAUCUAUAUAAAGCCGCUGGGGGCUAUCAUCAGAAGACUUGGGCUGCAAUGUCAUCAGUAUGCGGAUGACACGCAGCUCUAUCUCUCAUUUAAAUCUUCACCCAGGUUGGCUGUAGAAACCCUGUCCAAGUGCCUGGAGUCGGUGAGUGGCUGGAUGGGAAGGAAUAAGCUGAAGCUGAACCCUGACAAAACCGAGCAACAGAAAGGGAUAGAGAAGUAGACAAGGAGAAGGGGAGAAGGAAGAGGACAACGAUGACAAGUACCCUCAGCUCUAGCAUAUCAAGCAGUCGCCUCACAGAAAUGAGGACAGAUACUGAACUCCUCUUCCUCUCAGGCAACUGGCCAAACC